AUGGGUCUGUGCUGCGCAAAGGACCGCAAGGAGCGCGAGAUCCACCUGAAGAAGGUGGAUGAGAUCUUCACCCGGUACGACGAGAACAAGAAUGGUGAACUCGAGGUUCAAGAGCUGACAAACUUCCUCCGUGAUGCCUUCCCAGGCAGUCAGCUUACUGACGAAGAAGUUGCCACGCUAUCGGCCGAGUUCGAUGCAGAUCAGAAUGGCACCAUUGGCUUGAACGAGCUCAGGGCUUUCCUGCGAUGCUACGACGCGGAGCAUUCCGUGAUGCAGCGGAAGUCCGCUCUCGUGGUGAUCGAUGUGCAGAAUGACUUCAUCGACGGCAGCCUGGCCAACGAGUACAAUGCCGAGCAGAUCGUGCCAAUUAUCAACCAGAUCCGAGACGACUUUGAUUUGGUCGUCAUCUCCUACGACUGGCAUCCGGAAGAGCACUGCUCCUUCGUGGAGAGCGCCAACGCCGGACAUGUGGCGCUGCAGGAGAAAGACCAGGUGGGGAAGUUCGAGAAGUUCCAAACGGUGACCCUACUCGACGACCCCGACCGCGCGGGCCAUGCCCAGACACUUUACCCGAGGCACGCCGUCAUGGACGCCGAAGGUGCCAAGUGCCAUAAGGACCUCGUUCUGAAGUCGACGGACCUUGCCGUCUACAAAGGUGUCAAGCCGAACAUCGACUCGUACUCCGCCUUCUUCGACAACUGCAAGGCGAACGACACGGGCCUGAGGCUUAUGCUGGAGGAGAACCAGGUGACGGAUGUCUAUUGCUGCGGCCUUGUCUUUGACAUUUGCGUGAAGUCCUCAGCCCUUCAUGGCGCCGAGCUUGGCUUCCGAGUCUCAGUGAUCGAAGCUGCUUGGCUAGGAUGCCUGUCGCCCCCUUUCUGA